AUGCAGGAUGCUAUUAUAUAGCAAAUUUAGGUGGCCCAAACUUCUUAGGCGCUGUCUUAAGUAAAUCAAUUAACAAAUAUGACCAAUUCACUAUUGGAUUUAAAUUACAUUUUAUGA